AUGACUGCCAAAGAACUCAUCAAACUAGGUCCCGAGAAGGAUGCUUGGCUCUACGACCGAUCCAGCAAGACGUACGACUUGACGCGCGGAGCAAGCAGUGCAAAUGGCUCUUGUUAUACCGUCGCCACGAGCCGGGGCCCAGCCGCCACUUCGAUCCGCAUAGACCCGGCCCGGACGGCGCUGGUCAUCAUUGACAUGCAGAAUUAUUUCCUAGACGCCAAGCUGCGGAAUCACGAGACGGGGCUCGCGGCGGUGCCGGCUACUUUGAACGUGAUUUCCAAGUGUAGAAAGUUGGGUAUUCAGGUCAUCUGGCUCAACUGGGGCCUCACAGAACAAGACUUGGCCAGCAUGCCGGCGAGCAUAUCGCGCAGCUUUGCGCGCACCCUCAUUGACCCGGACCACCGACCGCGCCGCCUCGGACUGGGCGCGGAUCUGGGCUCCGGGCUCGGGCGCACGCUCGUCGCCGGGGAGUGGAACUCGGCCCUCUACCCGCCGCUGGCGGCUGCCGUCAACUCGCUGGACAAGCAUUUGUCCAAGAACAGGAUGUCGGGACUCUGGAACCAACAGACGCCUCUUUGGCGAUAUCUCGCACAGAGCAGUCACAAGACUCUGCUGUUUGCCGGCGUGAAUACGGACCAGUGUGUUCUCGGAACACUUACGGAUGCAUAUAGUGCGGGCUGGGAUUGCAUCAUGAUAGAGGACUGCUGCGCAACGACAACCGAGGGCGCACACGAUGUCUGCAUCCACAACGCUACGAACUGCUACGGGUUCGUGGUCAAUAGCGAGGGUUUCACGUCUGGCACCCUGGCUUAG